AUGCCCAUCGAUUUAAACAAGGCCUGCAGGUGUGCAAACUUUUACGGUGGCGCGGCUACGAAACGACUAAAAACAUUAUACCAUUCCGUGCCGACCAUUACAGUUAAAACAAAGUGCCGUCCGAUUCGAUCCGAUCCGAUUUCGAGUGUUGAAAUGACGGAGUCUAGAAUCCGACAGCACGAAGUCUAUGUUGAGGUGCCGCCGGUCGCUUGUGUGGACUUGCAGCAUAAGGGUACGGAUGCCAAAAUAACAGAUUUGGUGGUCACCGACAAUACUAUUAAGCAAAGAUGA